UCUGCUGAUGAACUUUCAACCUUUAUUUCAGUGCUGAACACAAUAAUCUGCUGUGGACAAACUCAAGAUGCUGUGCUGACUAUUGAGCCCAACUGGUCGACUUUUUAUGCCGGAGAGUUUGUUACAUUUAUCUGUGACAUGAAUGAAGGAAAAGACUCUGACUGGUAUUACCAGUUAAGAAGGAACGGUGAAGAAUUUUUCCCCCAUCAGCCACAUAAAAACUUCAGAGUUCAAGAGCUGGAUACUGGUUACAGUGGUGAAUUUCAGUGCUGUGGUUACAGGAUGAGCAGCUCAUCUCACUCAAAGUGCAGUAAAGCUGUCACUGUUAUUCUAAUAUUUGUUUCCAUAACAGCAGAUAAACCCAGAGCCACAUUGACAGCAGGUCCAACAACCAUACCAGUAGGGGGCAGUGUGACACUGAGCUGCUCAGUGGAGCCCUCUGCUGGAUGGAAAUACAAAUGGUUCAGACGAACCAAAAAUUCACCUGAAGUUGAAAUCAACACAAAUAAUAAAGAAAACAGAAAUAUCACUGUGAGACAAGGAGGAAUCUACAUGUGUGAUGGAGAGAGAGGAAAUCCCUCAUUCUACAGCCAUCGAAGCCAUGACGUUACCAUAGAGAUAACUUUUUCCAACAAGGUUGUUGUGACUCGACGACCAAACUGGCCUCAGAUGUUCAGUGGUGAGAUGAUCACUCUGACAUGUGAGGUCCAGGGAGGAGAAACCACUGAGUGGACGUGUGAAUGGAGAGGAAUCUACAUAUGUGAAGGAGUGAAAGGAAAUCACUCAUUCUACAGACAACGAAGCCGUGAUGCCACCAUUGAAAUUAUAUUUUCCAACAAGGUUGUUGUGACUCAACAACCAAACUGGCCUCAGAUCUUCAGUGGUGAGACGAUCACUCUGACAUGUGAGGUCCAGGGAGGAGAAACCACUGAGUGGACGUGUGAAUGGAGAAGAGAUGGGUCAAUAAUACACAGGACAAACAGUAAAGACUGGACUUUCAAUGCCUCUGAGUCCAGCAGUGGAGACUACAUGUGUCAGUGUAGAAGCAGAGACGACUCGUAUUCUUCAACACAGUGGAGUGAAGCCAUAACAGUCACUGUGUCCAGUUCUUCACAUCUCGUGCUGCUGAUCGUUGGACCAGUUGUUGGAUUCAUUCUCCUUAUUCUCCUCGUCUUGUUGUGCUUCUGCAGACGGUCCAAGGGUUUAUUCUGCUCCAGAUGUAAGGCCUCAGAGAGCAGCAGAAACGAUGGAGUCAACCAGACUGGCGGUCAUGAAUACGGCUCUCCUCCUCAGGGUUAGAACCGCUGCAAGUUUUUAGUGAUUAAAAAUUAUUGCUUCUAGCUAA